AUGACAACUAGCGAUGAGAUGGGCACCUUCUGCCACGACCACAUCCAACACCCGCUGAUGUGGUGCGAUGAUAAGAAGCGCCUAAUCGAACGCAAAAAUGCCGAGGAGAGUUUACGUAUGUGGCGACGUCGCAAGGCUGAGGAAUGUGCUCGCAAGGAGAAGGAUAAACAGGAGUACUACGAUUUGUUUCUGCAGCACUGCCCCUGGGGUCGGCCGGGUGGUGGCGCUCCCAACGUGGAGGUGCGACGCAAGGAUAUUACCGCUGUCGGUCUGCACUCAACGCCAACAGUUACUACCGCCCAUCGCAUUAACUCGCUGCAGCCAUGCCGCUACAAUGAUUACUUCUCCAUGCAGAAAAAUUGCUACAAAAGCCCGCUGGCGGCUUACCAUAACCAUCACCAUCAGCAUGCUUACCCACCUCAGCCGGGCGGCCGAAUGACACACGCGCAUUCAAUUCAUCAUCUGCGAGAGAGCGGACCUCGGAGCAGCAUUGUGACCAUCUGUGAGCGCGAGCAUCCCGUGAAGGCUGGUGUCAGCCUGGGCCACAAUGCGAAUGGGCAUGUGGACAUUGAGUUACGAUACAGGCCUCCCCCACCGUGCAAAAGCAAGCCGACGCUAGACAAGACUCUUGCUAAUAGUGAGGGUGACCAUCCUCUGCAGCAAAAGCUUGUCUCACAAAAAAAGAAACUACAGACAAAGCUGGAAAAGCCGCUGUGCAAAGAGCCCUGGGGCAAGGCCGGCCCUGGUGGCAAGCCCUGGCGCAGUCCCAAAGAAGUAGGCAACACUUUUAUGAAAUCGAUGGGCUGGACGAAUAAGGAAAUGCUUAAGGAGCUCGACCAGGACAAUCCCGUAACUCCCGCUGAGAAAAACACAUUUCGCAAAUCGAGGGGCAGCAAGCCUUCUAAGCCCCAGCGCUGUUGUGAGCUUUGCACCUGCUCUUGCCCCGCCGUGAACACCUUGAGUCCACUAAAAUCGUCUAGAAAGAUUGCAGCUGCGGGGCCGCAUGCGCCUGCAUGUGGUCUGCGAUCACCGCCCAAAGAAUGCAAGCCUGUAAAACUAUGCCCACGGGUGCAGCGAGGGCACUGUACGGGCGAAACUGGCAACAGUACAGCUACACCGGAUGCCAGUACGGAGAAUGGAGCAGGCGUUGAGCUGGUGCCACUGCUGGCGCGCAGGCGCGGCUUAAACCGGCCCAUCAGUCUAUCUAGCACGGAUGUAACGAAGAGGAUACCCUCGCAUGAUAGGUACGCACCACCCAAGCACAAGACAAAGUCCAACAAAGAGCAGAACAUCAGCAAUAUCAUCAAAAACAUUAGUCACAUAAAGCGGCCUUCCAAGAAUUUGAACUGCAAGUUGCAGUGCUGCGAUUGCGGCUGCACCCCAACCAUGACGCCGCUUCGGGCGGCCGGGUGUUGCCUCAAGCGCCUUACAGUGCACAUACGAUAA